CCAUAUAUUAAUUUUGUUUGCGGUUCUUGAAAUUUCUUGAAAUGAGAACUAUUAUUUUGAAGGUUUUUUAUUUUGCAUACCGGAAGAGAUGGUGGGUGCGUUGAUGCUGCGGCUCCUGUUGCUGCCCCUGAGGAUUGUGGGUACCGAGGGCAGCAGCCAUGUCCGGCUCCUACGAUGACUCCAUGGUUGACGUCUCCAGUGACAGCUUCUGGGAGGUGGGGAACUACAAGCGGACAGUGAGGCGGGUGGACGAUGGCAGUCGCCUGUGUAACGACCUGAUGAACUGUCUUCAUGAGCGGGCGCGCAUCGAGAAGUCCUACGCACAGCAGCUCACAGAGUGGUCCAAACGCUGGAGACAGCUUAUAGAGAAAGGCCCUCAGUACGGGACCCUGGAGCGGGCGUGGGGUGCCCUGUGCACGGAGGCGGAGAAGGUGAGCGAGCUCCACAUGGAGGUGAAGGCGGUGCUGAUGGGGGAGGACUUUGAGAAGCUUAAGGUGUGGCAGAGGGACUACUACCACAAACAGAUGAUCGGAGGCUUCAAGGAGACCAAGGAGGCUGACGACGGCUUCCGCAAGGCCCAGAAACCCUGGGCCAAGAAACUGAAAGAGAUGGAGACGAUGAAGAAGGCGUACCACGGGGCCUGUAAGGAAGAGAAGCUGGCCACAAGCCGGGAGAACAACAGCAAGCUGGAGAACAACAGCAACCCUGAGGCCCAGAAGAAAAUGCAGGACAAGGUGGAGAAGUGCCAGCAGGAGAUGGAGAAGACUAAGGAGCGCUAUGAGAAGUCUCUGGAGGAGCUGGACAAGGUGACUCCCCAGUACAUGGAGAACAUGGAGCAGGUGUUUGAACAAUGGCAGCAGUUUGAGGACAAACGCAUCACCUUCUUCAAAGAACUUCUGCUGGAAGUCAAGCAUCACCUCGACCUCUCCACUAAUCACAAAUUCCAGACAGUCUACCACACGUUGGAGGACACUAUCUCUGCUGCUGACGCUGUGGAGGACCUCAAGUGGUUCCGCUCCAACCACGGUCCUGGCAUGCCCAUGAACUGGCCCCAGUUUGAGAAUGUGGACUGGUCCCGCUCCUCUAGGUCCAGAAGGUCCAUUGUAGACUGGUCCAUAGAUUUUAACCGUACACUGAGUCGGCGAGAGACUAAGAAGAAGCCCUCCGAGGGAGUCACCCUGACGGGCAUCAGCCAAAUGGAAGAGCAGCAGGCAGCCAAGAGCAGCAGCAGCCUGACUGUGCCCACUAGCACAGAGCCGGUGGGUUCAAACCCCUUCGAGGAUGACGACGACGAGGAUCUCCAGGGGACCGUGAAGGAUCAGCCCGCUGUCGUCGUCAACAACAACAACAGCAGCAGUCCGCUCAAUGUCAAAAAAGUGGAGGAAGUGAAAACCGCCAGUAGUGUGGAGAAGUCGCAAGAGUGGUCGGAUGAGGAGAUUGGGGUGAACCCGUUUUCCAUUGAGGAUGCCAACGGCGAUGGGAACCCGUUUGAGGUGGAGCCAGCGUCCUCGGGGGUGUCUGUGGCCGUGCGUGCCCUCUACGACUACGAAGGACAGGAGCAGGAUGAACUCAGCUUCAAAGCAGGUGAGGAGUUCACCAAGAUAGGAAACGAGGACGAUCAGGGCUGGUGCAGAGGGCGCCUGAAAGACGGCGUGGUGGGCCUCUACCCCGCCAACUACGUAGAAGACAUCCAAUAAUGACCGAGCGAGGGACAAGGAGGAAAACGAGCGAGAGGAUGGGGUGAAGAGGAAAAAGAAAGUGGAGGAGAUGGGGCAGGAGGGUGGGCAUGGUUGGCCUCGCAUUCGCCCCUCUCACCCUCUCCCCCUACGUGGGAGUGAGUGAGUGAGUGAGUGAGUGAGUGAGUGAGUGAGUGAGUGAGUGAGUGAGUGAAAGGGGUGGCAGAAGGAAGGGGUUUACCCAUCGAAGAGGAUGAUGUUGUAGCUCUCUCUGUUGUAUCUUCCUGGAUCCCAUGUCGUUAAGCACACAUCUUCCUACAACUACAGCCUGCCCUCAUUGUCAGCCUUUAUGAUGGGACACCCAGUACAGAGUCUAAAGCCAGCUGCAAAAGCAAAUGUUACUUAAAGCCAUUACUGUUACAGAAGAAAAUAUAUAAAAAGCUAUUUGAAACAUGUUACCUUCCAAUUGUAGCUUGAAGUUAUGAAGACUUUGAAAGAAUUAACCGUUUUAAAAGAUGUGAACAGACAUGGGAGAGGAUAUACAUGUGUCCCAUUCGCGAGGUCUAGCACAUUUUAGAUUUGAUUUGAAACUGAUUGGAGACCUAAAAGUAAUCUCAGCUGAAUCUUUUAAUUCAUUUUUGUCAUAGACAAUUGGUGAUACAUAUUUUUAGUUCUAUAGAUCUGUAUUCUAUUGUAACACCAAUUUGUAGUCCGGGAUCUGAUUUGGUAGUCUUAUGUUGAAAUAAGGGGAAUUCCUAAUUGCAUGUUAUUUCUUGCUCUGUUUUGAGCGUCCUUCACCCCAUCCUUUUGACAGUAAUCAAGGUUUUAUUAUUUUUCCACAUGAAAGCCAUUUGUCUGAAAUAUCAGAACCUACAACCCCGUUUUCUUAUUAGACUUUUCAAAUGUUUUGAGAAAAGGGCUUGGAAUUCAUGGCAGUGCCGGUUCAGAACAAUUGUCUGUCUUAUCUGAUGCCUGCAGUUCAGAUUUGUCUUGUUAUGCCUUUUUUUUGUAUUUUAAAUCUGAUUUAUGUUUUGCUCAGCGAAUAGUUGAUGAAUGAGAGAAACCGAGAUGAUUAAUUAUAUCCAGUUCUUCCACCGUCACCAACCAGCCUGGUCUCAGAGCAUUUCAUAUUAUUCUGUAAAUGCUCUGAUACCAUGUUGCGCCAACCCACAUUUUAACAAUAAGUGACGCAUUCAGAAGUUCUCCUGUAACCUUUACCCCUCAACUUUAAUUGAUUGUAUAUUCUUUAAUUGUUUCAUUGUAUCGGCUCACCUAUUGAUUGUACACGUUUGCUGGUCAUUCUAGUAUCAGGGACAUUCACCAGGGCACAUAGGACUCUGGCCAAACGUAGCACACUAUGUAGGGCAUAGGGUGCCAUUUGUGACAGCCUCUAUUCACUCAAUUGACUUCACAUUCUGUUGGUUGAUUUUUACAUCAUGUGGAUGUUGUUUUGUCUUUCCACACUGAAUGUUUGGCAAUAAGGUGUGUCACUUGAAGCUAGGACCUUUAGCUGUAGCUUGCACUGGAUGUCCAAUCAAAGCUUUGGGAGAAUAUACUUUUUUUUGUGGCAGCAAAACAAUGUUGCACGUUCAGCAAUAAAAACCACAGCUUUUACUGUUUUUCACAAACUAGAGGGUCCGAUUUAAUAAAAGUAUGUUUGCAUGUAAAUAGCGAGGAACCUAUGAACAAAUUUAAGCAGUUAUAGAUUAGGGAGUUGUGAUUUAAAUUUCUAUUUGGAAAUCAAAGACUGUUAAUUUAUAAGAUGCCUUAAGUGCUUUUGUUCUCUGUCAGAUGAAAUGCUGUGAUUCGGAAACAAAUCCAUUUGUACAAUAAUUGAAUGUUUUAUGGCGAAUGUCUCGUGAAUUUGCUGUCUUGUUGCGUUUGUAAAUAUAAUGUAGUAUCUCCAGAGGGGCCAGAGCCUACUUAUGAUUAGUAAUUGACAAAUAACUAAGAUUAUAUUUCUCAUUUUCUUUUAAAAGUUAAUGAUUGACAAACACACCCUUAACACCACCACAUGUGCAUUACCAGUAUUGACAAACUAUAUCUGUUAUUUAGGACCUAUCACAAUACCCAUCUCGAGUAUAGGUUUCUCCUAUUGGGAGUUGACGUUAUGGCUCUUACAUUGUUGUGAGUGCAUUAUUUAGCAAACACUGUUUACGCAUGAUGCUCCUGGAAAUAUCCCCUACAUUUUAUGCCUACAACCGCAUAUCGAGAGGAAGAUUGAUUUGAUAUUAGUUUUCUGUCAGUGUGAGAGGUUAUGCUGUGUGUUUCAGGUCAUGAGAUGUAUAUCAUUGGUUUCAGGUCAUGAGAUGUAUAUCAUUGGUUUCAGGUCAUGCCAUCAACAGAACACUGCAGCAGCUUUACUUGCACAACUCAGUUUGCCAAUGUUAUCCCACAGCAUACAUUAUAAAUGAAUUGAACGAAAA